CUCUCCGCACAAGACCUGCACCACCGGUCUCCUCUGGUUUCUUAUUCUUUUUUCUCUUCCUCUUUUUUUCUUCUAAGUGUAAAGUUAAGGCAGCCGAUUCGAGGCUUUUUCAAGAACUGGCUAACUCACAGGAAAUACUGGAAGAAGAAUCAUCCUCAAGAAAGAACCAACAGGUGGUUCUUGCCCUUUAUGACGCCUUGAAGUCUCGAGACGUCGAUACUGUUCACAAGAUCCUUGCUUCUGAUAUUGAAUGGUGGUUUCAUGGCCCGCCCUCUCACCAGUUUAUGAUGCGACUCCUUACCGGUGCUGACACAUCAUCAUUCAAGAAAAGCAGCAGCUCUUCGACUUCUUUUGAAUUCAACCCAGAAAUCAUUAGGGUAUUUGGCUCCAUUGUUAUUGCUGAAGGUUGUGAUUACACGCGCUCUAUUUCUUGGGUGCAUGCUUGGACUGUUACUGAUGGGAUAAUCACUCAGGUCAGAGAGUAUUUUAACACUUCCCUCACUGUUACUCGUCUUGGCAGUCAAUCUGAGCCCUCUGAUUAUUCAUCUCUGGCAUCAUCGUCUUCUUCUUCGUCGUCUUCACCGGCGACAGAGAUUGCUUCUGCGCAUUGCCCGUCCGUUUGGGAGAGUAGCUUCUCCAAUCGGGUCGGAAAGUCGGUUCCGGGUUUGGUUCUUGCUAUUUAGUCCUGUUCCCUUAAUCAGGUGCAGCCGUUUCUACUUUUCUAAAAUAAUAGUCGAAUAAUAAUCAAGGAAAAAGGUUGCACGUCUGUGUCUGAACUCUGCAGAGAGAUGUAAGCUGUUCAAGGUCUUGUUUGGGUUUGUGGGUUUUUGUUAAUUCAGUAAUAUUGUGUAGUAGGGUAAGGUGUUGAAAAAGAAUGGUGAGACUUGGUUAUAGUGGGUCUAUGUUUGUGAUAUGGUGUUUUCAUUAUCUAAUAAAUAAAUGUCAUUAUGAUUUCAUUAUAAUGAUUCCUAUGCUUGA